GGAGCCUGAAACCUCCACCUUACAUUGCCAUGACUGAUAAGUCUCACUCCUUGUCCCUUCUCACCUCUGCUUUACUCAAGCAACUAUUGAUCAUUCUGAACUGAAGAAAUCAGUAACACCAACCGGCCUCAGUGCAUGUGGUAUCGUUCGCAGUCUACUGUCUGCUUAUGUUCUGUUCAGUCUAGCAGAAUCUUCUGUGGAGAGCCGAGGGAGUGCUUUCUACUGCUACUCUGAGCCCUGCAGUCACACCAUUCGUUUCUGGCUCCCACUGUCGUUAGCUUUUGUUUUGCCGACCCCACUAUAUCCGCACGUUGACCUCUGACGUCGUCAUUUUCACACUUCAGUUCGUCCGCGUUGUCAUUGUCGCGUUCCAGUAAUAUUCUCAAGUCAGAGGGGAGCUUCAGCGAUGGCUUGUGUCGUGAAUGCCAGGACCAGCCAGGUGGGAAGCGCUGACGCUGACCAGGCUGUAGUCCAGACAGGUUCCAGCAACGCUUUCAGGGAGAGGACCAGCGCCGAUUAUGGUGCUUACCUGGGUGUUCGCGAAACGCCGAUCGCGAAGAAACAUCCCGCGUUGACGAAAAAGGGUGCGAGUAAGGUUGACCUAAAGGCGAAAGCUCGACGAUCGUCGAGCGUCGCCGAAGCAACGCUGGCAACCGAAGCGGAUACGGCCUCUCAAGAGGACGGCAGCAAGGGUACCGGAGGCGGAUCGAUGAGCUCUUGCUUGGUUGACGAUCGCCCGGAGGGAGCCGCUGAAACAAACGAAGCUUCCGCGAGGGACAUCGCAGUUGAUCACUCGUUUCAAGACAGGACGGCUGGAAUCGGAAAUGCGUGUGAAGUCAGCCCAGAAAUGUUGGACGGAUGCGAUAUCUCCACGUGGCCUGAUUUCACCGUCGAUCCGCUAGGAGCUGGCGAAAUCGACGAUCUCGAUGGUCCUGGUAACCUGGGUAACCUGAUGUUACCCGAUCCGGAGGAUACGCUUCUGGACAAGCCGUCUGGCGAAGCUACUGGAGUGAAACGUGAACCUGAUGCUACCGAGGAUACUCGACCGUCGGAGACGUUUCAUUCAGAAUCGCACCUGAACGAUCAAAGCGACAUGACUUCAAAGGACACCAGCAAGAAUCAGGCUCAGAAGAAAAAGCCCAAGGUGGACUGGACGCCAGAGCUUCACAGAAGAUUCGUCCAAGCGGUGGAGCAGCUAGGCGUGGACAAGGCGAUCCCGUCGCGCAUUCUCGAGCUCAUGGGCGUCAAGUCCCUCACGCGCCACAACAUCGCCAGCCAUCUCCAGAAGUACCGCUCGCACCGCCGCCACCUCGCCGCGCGGGACGCGGAAGCCGCCAACUGGCACACCACCCGCGCACCCGCCGACUCCGCCGCUUCUGGCGGCGCCUGGCCCACCGCUGCUGCUGCUGCUGCUGCUCCUGCGGGGACGCCUGGGGGGAAGCCGGGGCCUAUGUGGGGUUCCGGAGUUCCCCCUGCAGGUGCGGCUGCUUCAACUGGCGGUAGUCCAGCGGCUGGAGUUCCCAAUGGGCUUCCGGGUGGCGUUUCGCAAGGUGUUCCGACGGGUCAUCCUCCCCACAUGAUGCCGCCUCGGCAAAUGGCCGGCAUGAUGCCAUGCCCGCCUAUGCCGUUCCAUCAUCAGCCAUAUGGCAACAUGCCGAUGAUGCAUCCGCAUCAAGCGUCCCCUGGGAUGAGCCCGAUGAUGCCUCCCCACCCGCCGCCGGCUAUGGGCAUGCCGGUGUGGGGCCAUCCUACGUCAGGGGGAGCGUCGUCGGGGGGGUAUGCGCGGCCGCACAUGUGGGGACAUCCGCAGCAGCAGCAGCAGUGUCAACCGCAACAGCCGCAACAGCAGCAGAUGCAGCCGCGGGUGGCGGCAUACCCCCCUCCCUCGUGGCUUGCCGUUGACGGUGCCUCUCCCUGGCACCACUAUCCCGCGUUCUCGGCCGGCCCUCCUCCGAUGGACGCGUGGCCCCAUCCCGGCAUGCCAGCGCGCGGCAUGCCCUGCUUUCCCCCUCGCCAGCACCAGCAUCCGCUCAGCUUCCCCAUGCCGCCCAACAGCGCGCCCAACGGCAUGGUCUGCGGGGCGCCUGUCUGUCCGCCUAGCAGCAUACAGCACAACGGCACUCCUGCGUCCGGAAACCAUCCGAACGGGGCCGCUGCCAUGCCGUCCCCCUUCCACGGCAUGCCCAUGAUGCCCGGCCUUCCGCACGCCCCCGGAUUCGGGCCUUCCCUCCCGCUCGGUUGGGGCAUGGGGGGUAAGCUUCCGGGAGCAGCGGACGGUGCGGGAGCGGGGAGCGGCGGCGGGGGGGGCUGGUGAGGGUGGUGCGGGGCAUGUGGCGGAUGAGGCGAUGCCGAACCCCAUGUUCCCGCUCUCGGAUGACCUCUCGGUGGACCUUGCGGCGAUUUCGGCUAGCAUUGGCGACGACCUGCACGAGGCCAACGACAUUCUCGAUGCGGCCAUCAGUGAGGCGCUCACCAACCCCGCCACUCCCCUGCCUCUGGGCCUCAAGCCCCCAUCGCUGGACGGCGUUCUGGACGAGCUCAACCGCCAAGGCAUCAGAAUGCCCGCCUCCAAUGCAUCUCCCGCUGCUGCUGAUGCUGCUGCUGAUGCUGCUGCUGAUGCGUGUGCUGAUGCCGCUGCUGCUGCCGGCACUGGUGACGCGGACGGCACUGCAACUGAUUUCGCGAUGCUAUCUGAGGCUGACAUCCUUGCUGCUGCCGCUGGUGACGAUGGCGAUGGUGAUGUGGCUGACGAUGGCGAGGGUGUGCUUUCGCUGGCGGACUAUCCUGCCGCGCUCUUCUGCACCCCUGAAGCCAUGGCCGCGGCUGCCUCGUUUCUCAAGGAGGAAGCUGUUUAGCGAGCGUAGCGCCAGGAAAAUGCGUAUUCAGGGGAGCGCGGCUGGUAGGUGCUGGUAGGUAUUCGGAGUCACCGCAAUAGCAGCGACGCAGCGUUUGGAGUGUGUGCUAGUCGCAGGCAGAUUCCGUGUGGCCGGGUCAAAGGUUGACCUUGGCGGGUUCGAAUCCAUAGCAAGCAGCGGUCAGAGGGUUGAAACGACGAGCAGAGCAGUUUCGAGCCAUGCGGAUGAUCGACUCGACUUCGUAUCAAUCCUCUCGCCUGACGCUGUGGCUAUGAGUGGCAGCACCUGAAGACAGCAGCUGAGGUGGGUUGUGAGCCUGCUGGAGUUGGUAGCAGCAGCAGCUGGGGUCUGUCAUAGCUGCAGCUGGGGUCUGUUGUAGCAGCAGCUGGGGUCUGUUGCAGCAGCAGCUGGGGUCUGUUGCAGCAGCAGCUGGGGUCAGUUGUAGCUCCAGCUGGGGUCAGUUGUAGCUGCAGCUGGAGCAGCUGGGGUCAGUUGUAGCAACAGCUGGGGUCAGUUGUAGCAGCAGCUGGGGUCAGUUGUAGCAGCAGCUGGGGUCAGUAGUAGCUGCAGCUGGGGUCAGUUGUAGCUGCAGCUGGGGUCACUUGUAGCUGCAGCUGGGGUCAGUAGUAGCUGCAGCUGGGGUCAGUUGUAGCAGCAGUGGGUUCAGUUGUAGCAGCAGUCGCAGCUGUGGCUGAGCCCUGCAAACAAAUCUCUCUAAUAAAUAGCCAAUCUCGCUUAUCAGGGUUCUUUUCUUGGCUUGCUUGUCAAAGCUCCUUGCGGUGGUAGGGUAAAUGUGCGUGCUAGGAGUACAACUGACAGUGUGCAACUGACACCUCACUUCACCAGCAGGGGGCAAGGCCUGCUGGGGAGGAGGAUUCCAGCAGGGUCACCUUUUUGCAGGGGAGGUGGUGAACAGGGAGCGCGGGCCAUGGAGUUAGGCGACUUUGGAGCAGGGCAUGUACUGACGGCCUGAAGCAGGCUUGUAGUACGAUCAUGAGACGAGGCUGCUGCUGCUGCUGGUGGUCGGUUCCCUCUGUUGUGGCAUCCAUCUCUCUUGCCCGGUUUCUUUCUCCCUCUUCUGCUCACUCGUUUCCUGGUUGUCCUAUGCUCCACAGCUCUCUCUAGUACCGUAGCUGCUUUGUCCAAAGGUGGGGUUCUAUCAGACUCCUCCCUUGCCCUUUUUUUGUCCAUGUACACAAGUUCCCAAAAAAACUAAAUAUUGCGCUUUUAUCUUAUGAGGAGCAAUACAUUA